CUGUAUAAAAGUGAUGGAAGAGAUUGCUCAGUGAAAUCUUGUCUAAUUAUUUAUUUUAAAUGAUACUAGAAAUUUAUAUUUGUAUUAUUAAUUUAUAAAAUUGAUGUUUAUUAUUAAAAUUUGUGAAUCUCAUAAAUAAUUAUUUUUCAUCAAGAUGUUGAAGUAUGGAGUAAUAACAAUAAUCAUUUGUUUAUCCUAUCUUGGAGAAUGUCAGGCCCAAUCAUAUGAUGAUAAACGUUGUAAAUGUAUUUGUCCAAGUAUUGCUUCAGUGUUAAAUACAACUAAUUCCACAAAUUCAUCAAAUAAACGCCUGAAUUUUAUUUCAAAUGUACAACCAUCACUUUGUAAUUGCGAUGGAGUGAUUUUACCAAAAAUAAAAAAUGAACUUAAUGGGCAGGAAUUAAUUUUUUGUCCACGAUGUGAGUGUAAAUAUGAAAAUCGUAACACAACAAUUAUCAAGAUAGUUGUUAUUAUAGUAAUUUGGGUCAUUUCGUUGUUAGUAAUCUACAUGUUAUUCUUAAUCUGUCUUGAACCAUUAUUAAAUAAACGCAUUCGUAAGAGCACUAGUAGUGGUGGUUAUCAAGAGCAUACAAAUGAAGAUGAUGAUACAAUUGGAUCUACCACAAUAGGAUCUUUUUCACAUCCAAUGGGUGUUAGAUCAAAUGUGUUAAAUCGUGUAGGUCAUCAACAGGACAAAUGGAAACGUCAAGUUCGUGAACAACGGCGUAAUAUUUAUGACAGACAUACAAUGCUCAAUUAAUAUCAGGCUUAUGUUAAUUUUAAAAAAUAAGCGAAGAGAAUAAAUUAAGAUUAUAUAGGUUUUAAAUAUUAA